AUGGCGACGUUUGCUUCGUCAGAAACCGCACCGAGGGUCAUCUUCGCCCUCGACUUUGACGGCGUCGUGUGCGACUCCGUCGGUGAAUCUUCGCUCAGCGCGUGGAAACACGGAGAGGAACUAUGGCCCGACGUCUUCGACGCCGACGCGACGCGCGCGGAGAAGGAGCGAGUGCUCGAUGGUUUGCGCGCGGUGCGACCGGUGGUGGAGACUGGGUACGAAAACACCACGCUGGCGCGCGCGUUGCUGGAAAGGUUGCCGGGGUACUCGAUCGAGGAGAUUCUGAACGAUUGGGACGGGCUGUCGGGAGCACUCAUGGAUAAAUGGUCGCUCGAUCGAGCGACGAUGGUGGAGGCGUUCGGGAGGAUACGGGAUGAUUGGAUAUUGAACGACUUUGACGGGUGGUUGGCUCCGAACGCGUUGUAUCCGGGCGUCGCCGAGGCGGUGCUCGCGGCGCAAAAGAGAAGCGACGCGGCGGUGAAGAUCGUGACCACGAAGCAAGGAAGAUUUGCUCUGGCUAUUUUGGAACGGAUGGGUAAGAUUUCGAUCGCUGAUGAUGAUAUGUAUAGCACGACGGUGAGCGGGAUCCCGAAGACGGAUGUCUUGCGAACGCUCGGCGUCGACGGGAAUCCUCGCAAAAUUUUCGUCGAAGACAAGCUCAGCACGCUGGAAAAAGUGUGCAAGGCGGAUGACUUAGAUGAAUGGGAAUUGUUCCUAGUGGAUUGGGGGUAUAACACCGAGAGUGAACGCGCGAGAGCGGCGGCGAACGAUAGAAUCACCGUCAUCGACAUCUCGACGUUCAUCUCGUUGCUCAGAGAAGGAUAG